AAAAAAUACAUAAAAACACACACUAAAAAAACAAAACAAACAAAGCCUUAAAGUUUGAGAAAGGGGUAAAAAUAGUCGAAAAAACGGAGAAAAAAAAAUAAAAAUUGAUCGUUCGUAUUGGGAACCUUUCGGCCGGAUCCCAACAAAACUCCGAAAUACCAAAAGCAUGAUCGUCAAAGAGUGGAUUGAACUCAUCAAUAGUCCACGCCCUUUCCCUCCUAAUCUCCACAACCACCCCCCAAAAAUCCUCCUCCCAUGGCUGCCACCGCUACCGCCGCCGCCGCCGCCAUCUCAUUCCUGUCCUCCCGCCACAAUGUGGCUCCCUCUUCCGCCACUUGCCUCUUCCUCCGUCCCUCGAAUUCAACUAAUUCACGUAAUUUCCCCUCGUUUUCCAUCAAAUCUUUCUCUGCACCAACCCCAUCGCCGCCCUUGACCCAAGAUGAACUCAAGAAGAUCGCAGCUGACAAAGCCGUCGAGUACGUCAAGAGCGGCAUGGUCCUCGGCCUCGGCACCGGCUCCACCGCCGCCUUCGUCGUUGCCAAGCUCGGUGCCCUCCUCGCCAGCGGCGAAUUGACCAACAUCGUCGGCGUCCCGACUUCGAAGCGUACGGAAGAACAAGCUGCGUCUCUUAACAUUCCGCUUGCCACUUUGGACACUCACCCCCGCCUUGACCUCGCAAUUGACGGCGCCGACGAGGUUGACCCGAACCUCGACCUUGUCAAGGGCCGCGGUGGUGCUCUCUUGAGGGAGAAAAUGGUGGAGGCCGCAUCGGAUAAGUUCGUGGUGGUCGUCGACGACUCCAAGCUGGUCACCGGUCUGGGUGGGUCAGGCUUGGCAAUGCCUGUUGAAGUGGUACAGUUUUGCUGGAAAUAUAAUCUGAUUAGGCUUCAAGAACUGUUCAAGGAUGAAGGGUGCGAAGCGAAAUUGAGAUUGGAUGGGGAUGGGAAGCCUUAUGUGACGGAUAAUUCCAAUUAUAUUGUGGAUUUGUACUUUAAGAAUCCCAUUAAGGAUUCAGCAGCUGCUGGGAAGGAAAUUUCGUCAUUUGAAGGUGUAGUUGAACAUGGUUUGUUUUUGGAUAUGACUACGGCAGUGAUUAUUGCCGGAAAGAAUGGAGUGGAUGUGAAGAGCAAGUGAUGUUUCCGGAGGUGAAUUUCGAGUUAUUCUCUGUAUUCAUGAUUUGUAUAACCUCUAUUUUUUUGUGGAUUUUUUCGGAUAUGAUUUUUGGAUCAUUUUGUUUGUACCAACUCCUGUUUUUAGUUAAAUGAAAAUAAAAAUGUGCAUUUCUCUUAUAUUUCCCUACCCGAAAGAAUGAAUGGAUUAAUUUUUAUUGAAACUCUGUCUUUGUUUUAGCAUAUGGGAACAGAAGUUGGAAAAAUGCAAAUGGAGUUGUGUUAUGAAUUCCAAAAUGCUUGGUUCACUGUAAGACUCUGUUCCUGAGCAAUUGAAUAAAUUUAUUGUUAUUCCCUCUGUCCUUAAGUAAGAGGUCUGUUUAUCACACUGAAAUAGGAUGAAGGUUACUCUUCUUUUGGGAUGGCGGGAUGGUCGACUGUAGUUCUUACUGCAGUUGGUGAUAGCAGAAGUUUGGUGAUGCCUUUGAUCCUUGCCAAACCUUCUUCAAGUAAUCAUCAAUGUUGAUGUGAGUUGAAAAGUUUUCUUGUUGAAAAAAUCUCAGGUCGAAAUCAUUCUAGAACAAGUUCAACACACAAACGUUAGCUGCAAGAUCCAAAACACAAAUAUGUACAAUAGGUAAUAGAAGCCCAGAUUGAACGCACUUUCUCAAAAAGGUUCCAAAAGCCAUCCUUGGAGAAACAUCCAAAUAUCAUUUUCCUAAGCUGAAGGGUCUUGUACUUGAUGGUUGUGAUUCGCUUGUUGCUGUUCCAUAAACUUUAGCGUAAAUUCCUUAGCCUUCUGUCUGUGACCCUUACCCUUAAUCUCGGAUGGUAUCCUUUGGAUGGAUAAUUCCUUUCUUGAAGCUAGAACAAGCCAAAAAUGGCAACGAGAGCAUCAACUUUAAACUAUGUUUAUACUCCCAAGGAUUGAAGUUUUCAACUAAUCCAGGAAUGUUGUGCUCUUUGGCAGUUAAGUGAAGCAGUCUCUUGCAUCACUUCUGCAUGUACCUCUAUGCUUCGAAUUGUAAUUACCAGAAAUACCUGAAUGAACUUCUUCUUUUAGGUUUUUUAAUUUUUGUUGCUGCUUUUAGAUGCCAAUAUGGACGAACCAUCUUUUUGCAGAAGAAUUGAGAAGCUCUAUUGAAUCAUGAAAAUAAUGAGGCGCCAAAUCUUGAAAAUUGUUAUAGUUGUUUUUAUCUUGUUCGUGUGUAUCUUUCAUUUCCCUUUUCUGCAGUUUUUGUUAUGUAGUACAAUGAAUCUUGGCUUUGAAUUAGCACUUUAGCCUUUUAAAUUCUUUCUAUAAAUUGAUCCCAAUUUGGUGUCCCUUUCUGCUUCCCAAUCCAAUAGACAUUCUAGUUCUCUAUUUCAUAUCAUAUCUCAUAUGAUAAUUAUAUAGUACCUUAAUUUCCAAGAAAUUAUGGUUAUCGUAAUUCCAGUUGCUUUGUAGCAAGUUGAUUUUAGAUUUUCUGAUAGAGUUAGAACACAGUUAUCUUCACUGCCAUAUGAUCACUCACUGGUGCAGAAAAGCCACAAAAAAGUUGAAAGCCUCAGAGUCAACUCCAUUUUCUGAAAUGGUUGAGAUGGUUAAUCCUGAUUUGGGAAAACAGUGGACUGGUUGAAUGUAAAUAUAAGUUAUUUGGAGACACUAGUAGAUGAUUGGUAUGCUGCUGUACCACGUCAGAAACAAGUUCUCAUACAGACUGAUAAAGUCUUGAAAGUUUUAGUUCAUUUCUGGAGAAUCUAGUGCAAUUUCGCUGUUUGGAAUGGUUCUGUGUAGAAUAAGAUAUGGGUGCGUAGAUGAGAUUCUCGAAAAGUCUCUUCUUUGACGUAGAUAUAUAUGAUGAACCUGGAGAAAAUUUCUUUAUCCAUACUGAACUUUAUCCAUAAUGAAGAUGCUGCUAUCGAUGCUGUGUAAAUCCAUGCUAAGUUUAUACUUGAAAGCUAAGGUUCUCUCUCUGUCCCAUAUGCAGCAAAUCUGUGCUAAGUGUAUUCUCUCUCUGUCCCAUGACAUACACGGCCUGAUGUCAGGUUUCAAGAUUUCUUAGAAAUAAGAAAGUGUAUUCUAGCAGAUAUUCAGGAGCAAAUUCACUAUUAUCAAUGUUUAAUUUGCCAAGGACUAAUCAAUCAGGCUUUUGUAGAUCAUUUAUCUAAAACUGAAGGACUAACAACAUUCCAAUCUGAACCAACUUUUAAGAGUCACUGCACAAACUCUUGAGGGAGGACUUGCCCAAGAUCCAUGUUGGAGACAUUGAAGAGCUGCCUCUUGGACAGGGGAAAUCCAAGCUCCCUGGGAUCAUAUUUUGGUGGCGGCUAAUUAGGUAGGAUAUCUUCAUCAACCACCUACCACCUUGUUUUUUGGUGAUCUUCCAUACUGUCUUUCAGUAUCAUUUAAUUCCAUUAUGAGAGAUGUUUGGCAAUAUGAAACUGAAAUUUGACAACAGAAGGCCAUAAAUCAAGCUCGAAGACAAGAAACAAAGUAAUUACAGCUCAGUCUUGAGACAUAACACAAAGCUCGCUCGCUAAUGCGGUAGGCUUCCAUGGUAAGGAAAAAUCAAUUAUAGUCAGCAGCAAAGCAAUUGAAGCCUGGAUUAGGAAAGACCACUUUGGCUGCGAAAGUCAGUAUCAUUGUGUUUUUCAGUUUGCGCAUGGACUACUGUGUCACAUCAGUAGUUGAAAAGAUAGUGUUCCCCAUUUUAACUCAAAUUAAUCCUGUCAAAUUUUCUAAUAUCAAUGAAACUGUUUCUGCACACGGUGUCCCAGAAAAGUUAUGGAAGAGUUUGUAAGUUUGAACUUAUGUCAUCGUGUUGGAUGAUGUAUGGGAUCCUGAAUCAUGAAACAGUUUGAAAGAAGCAUUCCCUGAUGAUGAUAAGGAAAGUAGAAUCGUGCUAGACCACUCAAUGAGGAAGAAAUUAUUUGAUGGGAAUGGCCGGGUGCUGCAUUAGAUGAUAUCAAAAUGCAAAUCGCCAAAUAGGGAUUACCUUUGAGAUUUGUCAGUAUAGCCGGACUCCUAGUAACCAAACAACCAGAGGGUUGGAAGAAGAUUCUUGAUGGUCUAAGCUCAGGCAACAUAUCAAAUUCAGAUCCAUCGAGGAACAGCGGCAAGCUCAGUUACAAACAUUUACCAGCGCAUUUACGGCCAUGCCUACAUUAAUUUUCAACUUUUCCAGAGUGCAUCAAGAGGCCAUUUCAUUUAUUGAUGGCUCGAGUCUUUUUCAGAGUUGAGAUGAAGUGCGUAGAAAUGUUCUCAGCAUUACCUACCUGGAAGAUUUAACUGGUAGAAGCUUAAUUAUAGCAACGGAACAAAGAUGGGAUGGUUGAGCAAGAGUAUUUUUUUUGUAAUCAUGACUUACUUCACGGUUCUGCUCUCAAGAAGCAAAAGAUGAAUGUUUUCAAAUAGUUUCUGGAGUCUGCAGAAACUGAAGCUUCUUAACAUAAGGAGAUCAUCUUGUGUUCUGCCAUGGAAAAUCUUGACAGACAGCUCAUCUGAUCUGUGAGUUGAACAGAGUUUCUUCGGGUCAAGUUUAGUCCUUAUCAGUUAUCAGGGCAACAUAGAUGGAUCAUGAAAUGAAACAAGCAAAUCAUGAAAAGGUUCCGAACAUCUGUAAGUUGAAACGCACACUUACGUUCCUUUAUAGCAGAUCUGAUCAAGAUUUUGGCUCCUGAAUGUUUGCAUCAAUCAAAUCAAUUUAUUUAUUGAAGGAUUAUAUGGACCCCAGGUUUACAAUGCAUGGAUUUCAGUUCGCCAGCAAAUCUGAAGAAAUCGACAUUGUUAUGCUUUAAUUUCUGCGAAAGGAGUCUUUUAACUAUUGGAAAACUGCAACACCAGGAUGGCCUCUGUCUAAUCAGCAUGUACAUUGAAGGGAAGAAAUGGAGAAGGAAGAGAGUAUUCUAUUCCUGAUUUGCCAGACUCGAGGCUUCUCCCCUGGGGUGGUGCUGAGGAAUGAGGAUCAAUUUAAUUGUCUUGAAAAGCUGGUAGUGGAUAGAUAUCAUAUGUCGGAAAAUAUUUCUUCCCCUCUAGAAUAGAGUACUGACACUUCAAAUGAUUGAGUUCUCCUAUUCUUCGGAUGCAGAAACAGUGAAACGGAUUAAGUACAGAAUGAUUCUGAAAAUCAUUGUUCAACCAUAUGAUGAUGUUUCUGCAUCUUUCUUCGCUGGAUUUGGAAGAAAUGAUUGAAAACAGCAGUUCAAAACCGCUGCUAAUCUUCUCUAUAAUAAACG